AAAUUAUUUUAUUGUUUAUAACUUUUUAAUGAAACAUUUAAGAGCCUAUGUUUAUACGACAUUUUUGUCUUAUUUUUGCUUGUAGAAUAUGUUGGUAAAGUUUGACCGAAAAAAACUGGGACACCCUGUAUGUAUAAUGUAUACCGUUAGAUGGAUCAGAAAUGGUCGUUCUAGUGUGGAACAACACGUCCCCAGCAGUCACCACUAGGUGAUAUAUUUAAAACGAUAACGCAGAUAUAAGUGAUUAAUAAGCUGAGAAAAAUGAAUUUACCAAAUUAUUAUAUCAUUAUGGAGGCCUAUAAUAUUUACCGUUUUGUAUAAAUAUUGAAAUUGUGUUCUAACCUAUUUUAAUAAAAACUUUUAAUAAAUGUUACGUAUGUAUAUAUAUUGUAUGUACGUCUGACAUUAUUUUAUGUUGUAAUAGUAAAGUAACUCGGUGUUUAUCUUCUAAAACUAUUAAACAGCACUUUGUACUUUUAUAAAUGAUACAAAAAUGAAAAUUCAUAGAAGAAGGUGUUUCACGUACCUACCAGUUUGUUAUUUAUAAUUUGCAUAUCUCUAAAUAGACAAUUAUUGUACAAAAUAUUGUGUUUACACAAAAGAGGAUAUGGAGUCAAAUGAAGGGAACCAGUUUUCAAAUGGGGAUGCUGGAAGCAAUAGAGAUAUAGAUUGGUCUAGAUAUGGUUUACAUAAUAAUGUAGAUAUUCACAGGAAUAAUGAAAGGCAAAGAAAUAAUAGAGAGUAUGAAGAACUUGCACCUGAGAUGUAUCAAACUGGAGCAAAUGAAUUGUUUGCACAAGAAUAUAGUGCUGAUCCAUGGUGGAAAUCAAAUUUCUUUAUUUCUCAACCUGUAUUGUUUGGAACAUGGGAUGGAGUUUUUACGUCUUGUCUUAUUAAUAUUUUUGGAGUUAUUGUGUUCUUACGAUCAGGAUGGAUAGUAGGUCAAGCUGGUGUUCUUAAUGCAAUACUAAUAAUUUUUUGUACAGUGUGCAUUGCGUUAGUGACUGUAUUAUCUGCUGUCGGAAUAUGUGAACGAUGUAGAGUAGAAAGUGGAGGAGUUUAUUUUUUACUAUCACAUGUAUUAGGAUCAAGAUUCGGAGGUUCUAUUGGAUUACUGUAUUGUUUUGGACAGGCGGUGGGCUGUGCUCUAAAUGUUCUAGGUUUUGGAGAAUCUAUGGCUGGUCUUGUGGGUUUAGAAUCUGCAUGGGCAGAACGUGGUUUCGCUUGUGCUGCUGUUAUCUUGUUAUCUAUCAUAAAUGUUGCUGGUGUCAAAUGGGUUAUAAAGCUACAAUUCAUUCUUUUGCUAAUUUUAUUAUUAGCUGGUGUGGACUUCAUGGUUGGAAGUUUUAUUCAUGUGGAUGUUGAGGCUGGCUUUGAGGGAUGGCUGUCGGGAAAUUUAAGAAACAAUACUUUCCCUGCAUAUCAGGAUGGAUAUAGCUGGUUUACAGUGUUUGGUGUAUUCUUUCCAACGGUAACUGGUGUUUUAGCCGGUAUUAAUAUGAGUGGAGAUUUAAGACAUCCAUCCACAGAUAUUCCUAAUGGUACAUUGGCAGCAGUAGGGACAGGAACUUUGUUGUAUCUAUGUUUUUUGCUGUUUCUCGCAGCAACAUGUACUCGAAAUGCACUUCUCACGAAUUUUAUGAUAGCAUCUACUGUAUCAGCGAUUUCAGUACUAUUGUUAGCAGGUCUUUAUGUAUCAUCAUUUAGUAGCUGUUUGGGCGCGAUGUAUGGUACUCCGCGAGUUCUUCAAUCUAUUGCUAGCCAAAACGUUAUUCCGGGAAUGAGCUGCUUACAAAGAGGGAAAGGACCAAACAAAGUUCCAAUAUAUGCUAUGUUAGUUGUUGCUGUCGUUACAUUGACUUUUAUCAUUACUGGUCAAAUUAAUACACUUGCGCCAAUUGUUACAAUGCCUUUUCUUUUAACAUAUGCAUGCUUGGAUUAUGCAUAUUUUGCUCUUGCACAAACAUUUGACAUACAAUUGAAUCGAGAACAACGAUUUCGCACGCAAUCCCCAACGUUUGAUCGCAAUUUCAGUUCUGCAAGUAGGAAUAAUUCGAUAACAGACACAGAUAAUGAUUUGGACAAUUUAUUUCCUGAAAGAAUAAGACACAAAAAUCUGGUUGUAAGUAUACAUGAAUAUCCGAUUGAUUAUUGUAUUAGGACAAAAGUUAAAAGUAAUCGUUUCCAUUGUUUGCAGAGAAAUCCCAGUCUUUCUGAAAAUAAUGUCUAUAUUGACUCUUCUCCAAGUAUCGAUGAAAAUGGCGGUAAUGUGGAAAAUUCGGAACGAAAGAUUCAUAUUCAUAAUAAACUAGGCAAUUGGUACAGUCCUUUAUGUAACAGAUGGCUUUCCUUAUUAGGUUGUCUUCUAAAAUUGCUUAUUAUGUUUCUUGUCCAUUGGGGUUACGCUAUUGCCAAUAUCGUAGUCGUUUUUCUGGUUUGGAGUUACGUAGGUCAUGCUAACCCUGCUGUAAAACCAGGAGUUUCGUCAGACUUUAAAUUCUUCAAAUGGUUAAGAAUAUCAUUAUUAAGGCUUAUGGGGAGAAAAAUGUACGAUUACGAACAAAUUGUUGUUACACCUGUACAUCCAGGCGUUGAAACUUCUCCAACUCAGUUAAAUGAAGAAAAUGAAGAUUUCGCCGGUAGACGAAGAUACCAUCAAACAGCUACAGUCACAGGGCAAUACGUCAAUGUUGAUUAAAUGCAGGAUGCUGUAGAAUAAUUAGAAUAUUGAAUGGAACAGAGUAACAGAGUAUUUUAUCAAAUAAAUUGUCUGAAAAUAAAAUAAGAAGAAAGCGUUUUACUUUGUAACGCUAAUGUCCGCACAAAACUAGUCUAAUCAAAAAUACUUCAUAUCUCAAGCACAAGAAAUUCUUUUUAUAAAACGAAACCCGGUAGCUUUAAAAAGGUAGAAAAUAGACGAUGCUAUGCAUAUAAAUUAUAGAGAAUAGUUUUAUCACAACUUUUUGUAAUAAUUUACUCGACAUGCAUUGAAUGCUGUAGAAAUAAUAUACUGCCAAAAGCAUUUCUAAAAUCGAGGGUCCAUAUAUAAUCAAUGAAUUAUUUUAACUACCGUGUCUUGUAAUAUAAGAUUAUUUAUUCUUUAUAAUCUCCGUAAUUUAUAUUAGGAUUAAAUCGUGAUUGUAAGUAUGGAGGUAUUGAAAACGAAUGCAGGAUAUCAUGUUAAUUACGAUAUCAUAUCGAUUAUAGCAAAUACUCUGUAAAUUCGUAGUGAUACUAUAUUUAUGUUAUUUAACAUUUUUGUAAAUCUCACUGCAGAGAAAAGUAUGUUAUUAAUAAAAUAUACAUAUAGAUUAAUAAAUAA